AUCUAGCUUUUCAAAAGAAAUUUGACGUGUCUUGAUGUUUACGAAUAUCAUGUGUUUUUGGUGUCAACCUUGCAGAUGGCAUUCACUCUUGGCUCAUUGUUCCUCCUUUGCGGGAUCAGCGGACUGCUGACUGGAGUCAGUACCGCUCCUGUGAAAGCCUUUUACUGUCCAAAUGACUGGAUACUGUUGAAGAGUUCCUGUUACAUCUACCAAGAACAGAUCAGAACUUUUGCAGAUGCUGAGAGCGUCUGCAACAUUCUUGGUGGGAAUCUGGUCUCCAUUCAAGAUGGUCUGGAAAAUGCGUUUGUUCUUGAACUGAUUCGGGCGGCUGGUGAUGCCGACGAAGCUUGGAUAGGUUACACUGAUGCAAUUAUGGAAGACGAUUUCAUAUGGACUGAUGGCUCGGAUAAUUCCUUCGAAAACUUUGCUGAUGGAGAGCCCGAUGACGACGGUGACUGUGUAGUAAUGGAAACAGAUGAUGGAGAGUGGGACGAUAUGGAUUGCACAGAUACCUUCUCGUACGUUUGCAUCAUGGAUGCGUCUCAUCACUAAAUUUCUUCGCCUAAAAUUACUCCGCUUUAGUGUCGCCUUGAUAUUUUUAGGUUAACUUUCAACUUUUCUUCUCAUCUUCUUUCAUGCGUAUUUGCUAUUGUGGGAACAAACAUUCAAUGCAUAAAGAACUGUCAGCAU